AUCUAUGACGAUACAAGAUGACAAGAUUUCUGGUGAUGCACAGAAGAGCUGACGGGGUGAGAUGGAGGAAGUCAAUACAACAGCCUAUAAGGUGCCUCGAGAGCAGAACGCUCAGAGCAGCUGCAGAGCGGAAGCUCCGAGAAAACAGAUCAACCUGCAGGGGGAACCUCGUUUAAGAUUCAUUGAACAGUGGUUUCAGUUCAGCAACCGUCGGUCCCAGAUAGAAGAAAGGAGCAAACAGCAAGACAGAAUCACAGGGCAAGUGCAGCAGUGGAAACACAUACAGUGGUUUCCAGUGUUCAUGCAGGUUACAGUGUCGUCAACUGAAGUGUGUUUCUGAACGUUUCUCCGCCCUGAAGUGACAAGGCCAGUUAAGCAAGAAUAAUGGCAGGCAGCGCAUUUGAGAGGGAGUUCCUGGAGGCCCAUAAUACAUACCGUCAGCGACAUGGAGCCGCUCCUCUGACCUUGAACAAGGACCUGUCCAGGUCAGCUCAGAAGUGGGCCGAGUAUCUACUGGCCAGCAAGAAGAUGCAGCACAGUCAGGCAGACUACGGGGAGAACCUGUACUACGCUUGGAGCUCUGCACCAAAACAACUCAAAGGGAAAGAGGCAGUGGAUAACUGGUACAAUGAAAUAAAAGAUUACAGUUUCAGCAGACCUGGAUUUCAGUCCAACACAGGACACUUCACCCAAGUGGUUUGGAAGGGAUCUGAAAAGCUGGGAGUGGGCCUUGCCACUGAUGGAAAGACUACUUUCGUGGUUGGCCAGUACCUUCCAGCAGGGAACAUCAGUAAUCCAGGGUACUUUGAGAAAAACGUCUUGCCAGCAGGCUCCUCUGUGGGAAAGCAUGCUGACACUGGUGCUGCAUCUGGAGGGAAUGAUCGGGGCAGUUUACCCUCGAGGAAAUCAGGGAGUGACCACAACUCAAGCAGCCUCACAGGCAGCGGUUUUGAGAAGGAGACCCUUGAGGCCCAUAAUACAUACCGUCAGCGACAUGGAGCCGCUCCUAUGACCUUGAACAAGGACCUGUCCAGGUCAGCUAAGAAGUGGGCCGAGUAUCUACUGGCCAGCAAUAAGAUGCAGCACAGUCAGGCAGACUACGGGGAGAACCUGUACUACGCUUGGAGCUCUACACCAAAACAACUCAAAGGGAAUGAGGCAGUGGAUAGCUGGUACAAUGAAAUAAAAGAUUAUAGUUUCAGCAGACCUGGAUUUCAGUCCAACACAGGACACUUCACCCAAGUGGUUUGGAAGGGAUCUGAAAAGCUGGGAGUGGGCCUUGCCACUGAUGGAAAGACUACUUUCGUGGUUUGCCAGUACCUUCCAGCAGGGAACAUCAGUAAUCCAGGGUACUUUGAGAAAAACGUCUUGCCAGCAGGCUCCUCUGUGGGAAAGCAUGCUGACGCUGGUGCUGCAUCUGGAGGGAAUGAUCGGGGCAGUUUACCCUCGAGGAAAUCAGGGAGUGACCACAACUCAAGCAGCCUCACAGGUGCAGUUGGGAAGAAUUCAGAGUUCAGUCUCUCAGCUGUGGACACGAUGAACAGCUACCGUAGACAGCACAGGGCGAAGCCUUUGUCUCUCUGCCCCUCCCUGUCUAAGGAAGCUCAGGAGUGGGCCGACUUCCUGCUGAAAUCAAAGAUGCUUCGUAACCAUGGCAAAGGCCAUGGAGAGAGCUUGUGGUACCAAUCUGGAUCCUCUGUCUCUACCCCGAAAGGCUCGGAUGUUGUUAAGUCUUGGUACGAAGAGAGUUCGAAAUACAACUUCUCCUCCCCAGGAUUCCAAAGAGGGACAGGUAACUUCACACAGAUGGUCUGGAAAUCCAGUGAGAAAGUUGGGGUUGCCAUAGCAACUAAUGGGUCUGGUCUGUUCUUCAGCGUGGCCUUUUUUGAGCCUCCAGGGAAUGUCAGCAACACAGGCUAUUUCCGGGACAAUGUGAGCGCCAAGAGUUAAGAGAAGUUGAAGUGAAAUGAAGAUAGGAGCUGGAUUGGUUUGACACAAAAUAUCCUGUAUUAAUUCUAUUUAAACCAAUUUGAUCUGUGUGUUAUAAUUCCUUGGAAAUCGUUUUGAUGCUUGUUUCUUGAUACUUGGCAUUCCAUGUCAAUAAAUUUCCCUCACAGAAUCAAAAGAGUAUCUAUACUUAAAGGAACCGUAUGUAAGAAAUGUAUUUCAAUUA